AUGCCAAUGCAGCAUCAGGCCUUCUUCUCCAACUUGUCCUACUUCGUGUGCGGUACGUGUAACGCAGAUGGACAACCCUGGGCAUCCAUCCUCUGUGGCCCGCCUGGCUUUCUGCGCGCAGUCUCUCCGACGCAUCUUGCUUUCUCUACUGCUGUGCCCGAGGACGAUCCUGGGUUGCAAAACAUGGCUGAAGAUACGCAGGUAGCAGGGCUCGGUAUUGAUCUUGCAAACCGUCGUCGCAACAAGGUAUUUGGCCGUAUACAGCCUGGCAUGCUGCGUAGGGAAACGAAUGGAGAGGAAAAGAUGCUACAGGCCAUUAUCACAACAGAAGAGUCGAUUGGUAAUUGCCCCAAGUAUAUCAAUAUGCGCAAGCUCGUCUACCACAAACGUUCUGGUACCACCAAGAACUUGACCCUUGCGCAGUGUGCGGAACAUAUUGCAGCUGCCGACAUGAUUUUCAUGGCCUCAAGAGGGCCAAAAGAUCUUGAUGUCAACCAUCGUGGCGGUCAACCAGGUUUCAUUCGUGUCGACACUGCGGAUGAUGUGCUGGUGGUGUAUGUGCCUGAUUACUCUGGUAAUCAGCUCUUUUCUUCGCUUGGCAAUAUUGAAAGUACAGCUGUUGCAGGUAUUACGAUUCCACAUUAUGAUACUGGCGAUAUGCUGUACCUGACAGGCGAAGCGGUCAACUUGUUUGGCAAGGAUGCUGCAAAAUGCAUGCCAGGGGUACAACGUCUCACACGCAUCAAGGUUACAUCCAGAAGGUUUGUUGCACAAGGUCUCAAUCUCAGGCUUGAGGGUGAGGAUGUGGCUAUGUCACCGUAUAACCCGCCCAUCUACCGACUCUCCAGAGAGCCCGGCCAUCGCUUACCCAAACAAGAGGCGAGUAACAAGGCAACUCUUGUAGCAGUCCAGGCUCUGACGCCGACAGUCAACAAAUACACAUGGAGACUAGAGACGCCCGUCAAAUGGCAGCCUGGCCAGUUUGGCGUGUUUGACUUUGGCAUAUGCAAUGAAGGCUACGAGCACAUGAAUGAUCAGCACCCUCAGCUUUUGAAUGAUUCCUUCAUCAGGAGUUGGACCAUCACAUCACAAGAGGGCAACAUUGAAAUGAUGGUACGCAAGAGUGGUGUGGUGAGUCGCUUUCUUGCAAAUCAUAAGCUGGAGCAUGAGGAGCUGUCGGUGCCUUUCCUUGGUGUUGGUGGCGACUAUGGCAGCGGCAUAAACAAGGCAAAAAAGGUCCUCUUUGUUGCCGGUGGUAUCGGCAUCACUCCGUUCGUCACACUCUCGCAAACCCUCGGCAAUCAUGUAAACUUGGCGAUACUAUUCUCUGGCAAGCCGACAGAUGACAAGCUGCUCGAGCAAAUUGAUGCGAGCCAAGUCUCUUAUUCACAACAAUUUCAUCGUCGCAUGAUCAAGCAAGAUUUUGAAGCAGUGCCAGAUAUUGAGGAACGAGAUGUCUACUGCUGCGGUCCACCAGGCCUUGUCAAGAGUGUCGAGAGCUGGACAACCAAGCCUGUAUAUGCCGAGUCUUUCGAGUUUUAG